GGUUCGCGCACGCAGCCCCAGGGCCGCGCAUUGUGAUCAUCGUGAACGCGCACGGCUCUUAAACAGACAGUUUGACGUGCCUUCUUCUCAGAGUCGAGUGCGAGCCCAUCUGCAGCGUUUCCUCAUUUUCACUGCAACGGGAAAAAAGGGUUGAAAAGGUUCACCAUGGGAAACCAAUUCAGCAGAAAACGAGACGAGCCUGUUCCUAAGCAGGAGGCUGCAGCAGGGGAGCCGGCCGCUGUUCAGGCAGCAGAAGAGGCUGCGAUACCGUGCACCCAAGAGGCCGUGGAGCCGAAGAAUCUAGAGGCGGUGGUGGGCGAGUGUGUGACACAGCUGGCGUGUCAAGGGGUAGAGGCUAUUGCUGUCCACGCUGGGCUUAAAGAUGCUGAACCAGAGCCUGUCAAAGAGGAAACCCCAGCUCCAGCCCAACCCAACCUUCUGGACUCAAUCAGCGAACCAUCUCCUCCAGAACCGGUUGCAGCCCCAGAGCCGGUUGCAGCCCCAGAGCCGGUUGCAGCCCCAGAGCCGGUUGCAGCCCCAGAGCCGGUUGCAGCCCCAGAGCCGGUUGCAGAAGCUCUGAUUUCCCUAACUCCAGAACCUACUCUUCAAGAAGAGCCUCUCUCAAGUCCCGAGGUGGAAGUUGAAGCUGUCCUGGAGCCCACCUCAGAGUUAUUACCAGUCCCGGCUGAUGUUCUGGAGAAAGCCACAGACAUGGUUACUGAGUCCUACCCUGAGCUUGUCUCGCCACCUUUGUGUUACUUUGGUGGGCUCGAACCUGUCUAUGCUCCUCCUUGCCCAGCCCCCACCCCUCUCCCAGUCGAAGAAGACAUGCCCUCAGACAUCCCAGAGAGCGGGGAGUGCCUACACACUGCUGAGAUCUGCACGUUUGAGCUGGAAAAGUCUGAGUCCCUGGAAGAACCUGCGGAGUUGGAGGCCGCAGAGAAUCUGGAGCAGCUCGUGAGUCAUGUCGAAGAGGAAAACAUUAGUGGACUCCUGCAAAAGUUGGAUCUGAAAGAAAAUGACCUCAUCCCCAUCGAUGUCCUGAUCCCCGAUGACGCUCCCCUCACAGACGUCAACCUGUCUACCGAGCUGAUUUGAAUCCCAUGAGUAAAAGAAGUGAAUAGAUGUUUUUUUCUGUGAAACACUUUUUAACCUUUUUCUUGACUUCUGACUUCACAAAUACAAAGUUUCAUUGCUCAUGUGUGCAGCCUAAUAAAGGGAAACGGUUAAUUUUCUCUUUCAAAAUGAACCAAAUGUGCCAAGUGAACAUAGUGAUGUCUAAAGACUGAUUCAUUGAUGUUUUUGGAUACAUGUUUACUGCCAUAUAUUAUCUGUGGGUGAUAAGAACAGGAGCUCAAGCAGGACAGGGGAUAGGCGUUCAAUUAAGUUUCUUGAUGGACAACAGAGAUCUUCCUCUAUGCAAAAUUCCCAGUGCAAGAAUUUAAAUGUAUUUCUCAUAGGGACUUGAAGAAAGAGGUGCUGUUGCUUUAUAAAAACCUAAAAAUUAUAUAGUAGUGUAGUAAAUAAUCAUGUUUAUUGAGUGCAAAGGGAAAAGUAUGAGUUUUUUGAAGUGGAUAAACCAUUAAUUCAAAACGACAGGUAUAAGGGACAAAAGCAAUGCAACCAAAGAUGGAGACCAUUUAUGUAUCUGAUUAUAUACACGUUUUCAAUAAACAUUUUUGCUUAACACUUUUGUUUGGAUUUUGCAAUAUUCCUCCAACAGGGAUGAAAGUUGUAUUUUCAGGUAAUUUUUUUAGAAUUUAAUUCGUGCCUUGGUUGUGGAAAUAAAAAUAUUUCAAGUG